UGCGCAUUUCUCCUCAUUUCCAGCACGCCUCGCCUCCCUCUUCUCGGCCUCGCUCUGCGUCGUCGUCGUCGUCGCCGGCGGCUCGUCUCCGUUUAAUCGCCGGGAUUUCCGGUUCCUCGGCCGUAUCCGCGCCGUCGCCGGAGGAAUCGCCGCCGCCGCCGCCGCCGCCGCCGCGAGCUCGCGGAAGGUACGGUUUUUUCUUUCCGUCGGGGACGUUCCGGAGCCGGAGCUCCAUUUUCGGCCGUUAGGAAUUUCGGGCGUCGGGCCUAGGAGUUGUUCCGAUGAUAUCCGCGGCGAAUGAGGACGGUUCGGGUGCCAAAUCGGACGGGUCGGAGGAGAAUCGAGGGGAGGCAGGUAGGGUUUCUGAGGAUGUCGGCGAAGCGCCUCGGGAAGAGGAGGGCGCGGGUUCGGGGGUUGUGGCGGACGACGGUGCGGGUGGUUCGGCGGGUGCCGAUUCGGUGGCUUUAGGGGGCGAAUUUAGGGCUUCGGUUAGCGGCGUAGGUUCGGGAAAUGGGAGAUCUGAAGAGGAUGGAGUUAGGGUUUGCUCCUCAGCCGAUGGGGGGAGUCCCGGUGGGGCGGAUGAGGAAGUGAAACCUGGAGGUUUCGAGUUUAAAAGCGAGAAGUCCGGUGAGUAUUGGCUCGACGAUGUGAAAGGUGGGAUUCGAGCGGAAGAUGACCUGUCCGAUGCCUGUGAUCGUGAAUUUGGUUCACAAGGUCGCCUGGAGGUCGAUGGGGAUGGCUCGGAGUCAAUAAACUCUGGCGGCACGGCUGAGAGGAAAUCUUUGGAACGGCAGUAUGAUUCUUUGUUGUCUGAGUUUGAUGAAUAUGUAGCGAAUGAGAAAAAUAGCUCCAGUGAAAGCGGCAUGUCGAGGGCUUUGAGUUAUGGAUUUGAAGUGGGGGAUAUGGUGUGGGGCAAAGUGAAAUCGCAUCCCUGGUGGCCAGGGCAAAUCUUUAAUGAAGUUUUUGCGACUUCUUCAGUGCGACGCUCAAGGAGGGAUGGUUAUGUGCUGGUGGCUUUCUUCGGUGAUAGUAGUUAUGGGUGGUUUGACCCGGCAGAGCUUAUUCCUUUUGAUGAGAAUUUCAUUGAAAAAUCGAGCCAGACGAUUUCAAGGAACUUCGCUAAGGCAGUCGAGGAGGCCAUGGAUGAAGCAAGUAGGAGAAGUGGUCUUGGUUUGGCUUGCAGGUGUAGAAAUGCUUUCAGUUUUAGACCGACACAUGUUCAAGGGUACUUCUCAGUUGAUGUGCCUGAUUAUGAACAAGGAGGGCUGUAUUCGACUAUUCAGAUAAGCAAAGCACGAGACAGUUUCCAGCCUCGGGAAACUCUUGCAUUUAUAGAACAGCUUGCAUUAAUGCCACAAGGAAGUGAUGAGAAGAGCCUCGAGUUUGUCAAGAAUAAGGCUAUUGUUUUUGCUUAUCGCAAGGCAGUAUUUGAGGAGUAUGAUGAGACCUAUGCUCAGGCAUUCGGGGUGCAGGCAGUGCGCCCUUCUCAUGAUCCAGUUGAUCCAACAGCUCAGCCAGCGAAAGUGCCACCUCGAGCUCUUUUGAGUGGUCCGCUGGUGAUUGCUGAGGCUCUUGGCAGCAAAAGGGCCUCCACUAAACCCAUGAAAGUGAAGGAUCCCUCCAAAAAGGACAAAUAUCUUUUUAAGCGACGGGAUGAAUCUGGUACACAGCAAGCUAGCCCAGUACAGGCCAAUUCUUCGGUUCCUGCCGCUUAUGUUGAUGGUUCACUUGUAGCAGCAGGAGGAGGUUAUAUCUUGCAGAAGAGAGCUUCAUCUAUUCCUGUCAACUCUCAGAUUCCAGUGAAACUUGAGCAGACCCAAGUAACUGCAGAUGCAAUUUCAAGUCAGGGUGGUCCUGGGAUUUCAGCCCUGCAUCAAGUUCCAGAAAGUAGCUCUGCAAUCAAAAUUCAGAGUCCAUCUGGUUUAGGUGGCCCCAAUGUGAUUGGGAAAGGCGAGGAUGCAAAAAUUAUCAAUUCUCAAGAUGGUUCACAGCAAAGAGGCCAGGAAUCUUAUACAGUACAGGAUAGUGGUUAUGUUUCUCCUCUGUCAACUGAUGUUGUUAGUGCUGAUGGAGCUAUGAGGAAGAAGAAGAAAAAGGUUCUUGGACAUCCUGUGGGUGAGCCAAGCUCGCAGAAUGUUGUUAUGAGAGAGAAGAAAAAGAAGAAAAGGAAAGAAAUUGGCCUUGAGACAGGUUCUGAUCAUCCCCGAAAGCGGCUGCUAACUAGCAAAGUUGGAGUAUCAGUGGCAAAAGUUGCUGGUAAACUUACUCAAGUUGAUUCAGCCUCGAGAGAGGAAUCCUAUGCAGACAAACAGAAGAAAGGUGAAGCAAGCAGGACACAUCCUGAUGACGUUGGGAUGGUGCCUACUUGGUCUGGAAAUGCUGAGCUUGAUUUGCGACAACUCUUGAAUGGUUUGCAAGCCCUUGCUCUUGAUCCUUUUUAUGGCAUUGAAAGGAGCAAUCCUGCAGUUACAAAGCAGGCUUUUCUUCGAUUUCGAUCCCUUGUGUAUCAGAAGAGCUUGAUUCUGGCUCCACCAUCUGAGACUGAUACUGUUGAAAUUCGCCCUGCAAAAUCUCCUGCUGGUGUUGGAGCUGCUGAUCAAUCUACUGGUGAAAGUGUAAGAAAACUAUCAUCUUCGAAAUCAACAAAACCGACUGGAAGAUUUGAUGACCCAGCAAAGAGUGGCCGCAAACGUCCUCCAUCUGACCGUCAGGAAGAAAUUGAAGCAAAGAGGUUGAAGAAAAUCCACAAUAUCAAAUCGUUGGCCGCUGAAAAGAGGGCAAUUCAGAAGACCCAGGAUGCACCACGGGGAGAGGGAAGAGAAACUGUUUCUGCAACCCCAAAACAAGCAAAACCAUUUCCCGUCAAGAAAGUGGAGUCUCAUCCGGCAAGAGCCUCGGACCCCACCAUAUUAGUCAUGAAGUUUCCUCCUGGAACGUCGCUACCAUCUGUCACCGAGCUCAAGGCAAGGUUUGCUCGAUUUGGGCCAUUGGAUUACUCAGGCAUCCGUGUCUUCUGGAAGUCAUCAACAUGCCGGGUUGUCUUCCACCGCAAACUUGACGCGGAGGCGGCUUACAAGUAUGCUGCUGGGAACAACAACUUAUUUGGCAAUGCUGGCGUGAGAUAUUCUCUCCGGGAUGCAGAAGUUCCUGCAUCCGAGGCUUCGGAGUCUGGAAAAGGCAGGGGCAAUGAUUCUGUACAUGACACUCCACGCCUCAAGGAUCCUUCGACUGAAAGAUCAGGACCUGCAUCCACGGUCCAGCUCAAAUCAUGCUUGAAGAAAUCGUCUGGAGAUGAUCCCGGUGUAGGGCCCACAACAGGUAACGGAGGUCGGGCAGCAGCCCGUGUAAAAUUUUUGUUGGGUGGGGAAGAAACUAGUAGGCAAGAGCAAAAGAUGGUUGAUAAUGCAAACAACUUCAACGACAAGAACAACAAUGGUAGUUUUGCAGAUGGUGGCGCAUCAUCAUCUUCUUCUUCCUCUCUUGCAAUGGUUUAUAAUAGUAAGAACUUUCAAAGGGCUGCUGUCUCUUCCUCUCCCCUUCCGCCCCUUCUUCCACUUCCUCCACUUGCAAAGCCACAACUGCUAAACAACAAUGCAUCACUGCCCACCGAAAUAUCACCCCCUCCAAGAAGUGCACCCAAUUUUAACGUUACCGUGGACAUCUCACACCAGAUGAUAACCCUCUUGACUCGGUGCAAUGAUGUAGUGAACAACUUGUCGGGCUUGCUAGGUUAUGUCCCCUACCAUCCUCUUUGACGACGGGGAAUUAAGUGAGAAGCCCGACCCAAACGAGCGAUUAAUCUCCUAUGGACCAUGAAGAUGGACACAGUUUGAUCUCCAGUAUUCGCAUGGAGUUGCAUGGGAGCACGGCGAUGCACCAAUUCAAAAAGCCCAAAUCGCGGUGGACUUCUGGAAGGGAAUGGAUUUCUCCUUCGGGCUGAGGAGAGCUACUGGAAAAGGGGCCUCAAUUGAACCGGUUGAGCUAGUGACUUGGACCAAAAUCAUGUUCGUCAUGUGUAGUCAAUAGUGCAAUCUUAUUGCUCCUUUUUCUUUCACAGUUUUUUUUUUUUAAUAUUAUUAUUGUAUGAAACAUCGUCUUUUUUUUUUUCCCUGCUUUAGCUUUUGUACUAUGCUUGAUAGACGAAGACACAUUUUCGUAAGGGCAAUGGGACUUGGAUAGAGUAA